UUGAGACGUCAGUAGUCCGCCAGCUUUUGGGGAGGACAGACGUGGCAGGCGAGCAGGCAGGCAGGAUGGGGUGGCAGGCCGUGACCGCAGUCGCGAUGGCACUUAUGGUGUCCUCCGUGACAGCUCAGACCCGCGGGAGUAGCUGCAGGACGCGAGAAGGGCUGACGGGGACGUGCGGGCCCAUCAGGGAUUGUCCUGUGCUGAGUAGCAUCCUGCAGAACAUCAAGCAAGGGACGGCGCCCCCGGGUUCACUCACCGUACUGAGGAAUGCCAUCUGCUCGUUUCUGAACAGCGAGCCCCUCGUGUGUUGUCCCUCUCAGAGCUUGCCCGUUCCUGCUCCGCCCACAAGGCCUCCAGUCGUGCAGACGACGCCCCCCAGCCGCCCCAACGUGAAGUGCGGGAGCCGCGGAAUCGACGUCAGGAUCAUCGACGGCGAAGACGCCCCUCUCGGCGCCUGGCCCUGGAUGGUGGUUCUGCGCGGCAGAGUGAACGGACGCCGCUCGUGGUUCUGCGGCGGAGUGCUCGUGUCCGACCGCUACGUCCUUACCGCCGCUCACUGCUUCAAGGAGAGACUCGGUCUUGUGCUGGAAAUAGCUAGGAUCGGGGAGCACACGCUCUCCUCCAACCCAGACUGCUCCAAAGGGCGCUGCGCUCCUCCACCGCAGGAUAUUCCCGUGGAGAGGAUCAUCCGGCACCCCCAGUACGGCUCCCCGUGCACGGAAUGCAACGACAUCGCCCUCCUCCGGUUGAGUCGUCCGGCCGUCCUACACCCGGUCUACGUGGCGCCCGUGUGUCUCCCGGUCAACCCCGUCCAAGACAUGGGCUUCUCUGAGCAAGAAUUCCAGGGUAAAGCCGCCUGGGCCGCUGGCUGGGGCUCCACUGCGACGGAUUUCACAGACAACCGACGCCCGGAAGUCCUCCAGCAGGUGCAGCUGCCCAUUCAGGAGUUGAGUUACUGCAACAGGCUCCGGAGGAGCUACCCUGACCCCCGCAUGACCCUCUGCGCCGGGGGGGAAGGGAGGGACACGUGCCGAGGAGACUCUGGCGGCCCCCUGACCCUCGACAACCAGUUCGGGAGCAAAGUCUUCAUCGUCGGAAUCACCAGCCUAGGCCCGAGGAACUGCGGGUCCGCCAACACCCAGGGCCUCUACACCAACGUCCGCUUCUACAUCCCGUGGAUUCUCAGGACCAUUCAGGGAUAGAUGGAGGAGGAUGGAGUGACUGGGAGGAGGAUGGAGUGACUGGGAGGGGGAUGGAGUGACUGGGAGGAGGAUGGAGUGACUGGGAGGAGGAUGGAGUGACUGGGAGGAGGAUGGAAUGACUGGA